AUGAAAACAUUGUUCAUUUUGGGGUUGGUGGCCCUGUUCUACAGUGGCGUAUUCACAGAUGAAAACAAAAGUGAUGACAAGAAGGAUGUCAAGUUUGGCACAAUCAUCGGGAUCGAUCUUGGUACCACGUAUUCUUGUGUUGGAGUUUACAAAAACGGCAGAGUUGAAAUCAUUGCUAACGAUCAAGGGAAUCGCAUAACACCCUCUUAUGUCGCCUUCGCUAGCGAUACUGGUGAGCGUAUGAUAGGAGAUGCCGCCAAAAAUCAGUUAACAAUUAACCCUGAAAAUACGGUGUUCGAUGCAAAGAGGCUUAUUGGUAGAGAUUACAGUGAUCAGACGGUUCAGAACGAUAUGAAACAUUGGCCGUUUAAGAUCAUUGACAGGAACAAUAAGCCACAUGUUUCGCUUAAAGUGGGAAAAGAUGCGAAACAAUUCACCCCUGAAGAAAUUUCGGCUAUGGUGCUGGGAAAAAUGAAGGAGAUUGCGGAGUCAUAUCUUGGAAAGGAGGUGAAGCAUGCUGUUGUCACUGUCCCAGCGUACUUCAACGAUGCGCAGCGUCAAGCCACAAAGGAUGCUGGGACGAUUGCUGGCCUAAACGUCGUACGAAUAAUCAACGAGCCCACUGCUGCUGCCAUCGCAUACGGUCUUGAUAAGAAGGAAGGUGAGCGCAACAUCCUUGUAUUCGAUCUUGGAGGUGGUACCUUCGAUGUUUCCAUGUUAACGAUUGACAACGGUGUCUUCGAAGUGUUAGCAACUAAUGGAGAUACUCAUCUUGGAGGAGAAGAUUUCGACCAACGUGUCAUGGAAUAUUUCAUUAAGCUUUACAAGAAGAAGACUGGAAAAGAUCUGCGAAAGGAUCAUCGUUCAGUUCAGAAGUUGCGUCGCGAAGUAGAAAAAGCUAAGAGAGCGCUAUCCACUCAACAUCAGACUAAAAUAGAAGUGGAGUCCAUAAUGGAUGGCGAGGACUUCUCUGAGACCCUAACUCGUGCCAAAUUUGAGGAACUCAACAUGGAUCUAUUCCGUGCGACGCUAAAGCCUGUGCAAAAAGUUUUAGAAGAUUCAGAUCUUAAGAAAGAGCAGGUUCAUGAGAUUGUACUAGUCGGUGGUUCCACUCGCAUCCCCAAAGUGCAGCAACUUAUCAAGGAUUUCUUCAAUGGAAAAGAACCAUCUCGUGGUAUCAACCCAGAUGAGGCAGUUGCUUAUGGCGCUGCUGUCCAGGCAGGCGUGAUCAGUGGAGAAGAGAACACUGGAGACAUUGUGCUGCUUGAUGUGAACCCGCUCACUCUUGGUAUAGAGACCGUUGGAGGUGUGAUGACCAAGUUGAUUAAUCGUAAUACCGUAAUUCCAACGAAGAAAUCGCAAAUCUUCUCAACUGCUGCUGACAACCAACCAACUGUAACAAUUCAGGUAUUCGAAGGAGAACGUCCAAUGACAAAAGAUAAUCAUGAACUUGGCAAAUUCGACCUCACGAAUAUUCCUCCGGCACCUCGUGGAGUUCCUCAAAUUGAGGUUACUUUCGAAAUUGACGUAAAUGGUAUCCUUCAUGUGACCGCCGAAGAUAAGGGUACUGGAAACAAGAACAAAAUUACUAUUACCAACGAUCAGAAUCGUCUGAGCCCAGAAGAUAUUGAGAGGAUGAUAAAUGAUGCCGAGAAAUUCGCAGAGGAUGACAAGAAAGUAAAAGAGCAAGUCGAGGCCCGCAACGAGCUCGAAUCUUAUGCAUAUUCACUAAAAAAUCAAAUUAGUGACAAGGACAAACUUGGUGGCAAAUUGGAUGACGCCGAUAAGAAGGUUCUCGAAGAAGCCGUUGACGAGACCAUUAAAUGGCUUGAGGACAAUCGCGAAGCAAGCGCUGAUGACCUUAAAGAGCAAAAGAAGGAACUUGAGAAUAAAGUCAUGCCAAUUACUAGCAAGCUUUACAAGGACGCAGGUGGAGCUCCAGGAGCUGGAGAUACAAGCGAAGACUCCAAGGACGAAUUGUAG